AUGGAGCACCCAGCCCCUGUGCUCGUCGCGAUUCUCGCUGCAGCAGUGAAGAAGCUGCCCAAGUUGCCCACCCACUGCUGGCAGAAGGUGCACGCGUUUGUGGGCUCAGACUUCUUUCCUGAAGAUCCGGAAGGUUGUUUCCCAGUGCAGCCCCGUGCCAACCCAACGCCCGGCGUCCCAGGGGACGGUCGCCCCUCAGAUGCUUUGUGGUACGAACCAUCGACUACCUGCAACCGUCUCCCUGCCUUUGUGGCCGACCUUGUGAGGCCUGGCUGGGAAACAGCUGUGAGAUAUCCGACAAGGCUCUGCUGCGACACCCACUGGCGGCUGGAGUCUGAGCCCCGAACAAAGUUCUGGGCAGACAUGAUCCUCUUUGACUGGCAAGGUCUAAGUGACAGGACGCAUGUGGGUGAUUUUAUGUGGUGUCUGAGGAGAGAACAUGAUAAGCUCUUCGAGCUAGAUGUGCAAAGUGACAUGUUGGCUCAGUAUGAUGCCUACAUGUUCUACUUCUGCUGGUCUUGCAGCUGCUCCUUUGGUUUCGUUUGCAACCGGCUGGGGCAGCUCCAAGAAGCUCGGAUUCAGGAGCGUUUUCGGGUUGAGGAGAGACAGCGUUCCGUGGGCUAUGGUCUCAAAGAAUAUGACUGCUCCGUGCAGCGGCGCUUUGGGACUUUUCAGCAUACCCCUUUGGUCGUAGUUUCGCUCCCAGGCCCCUGCCAUUGUGGCGCAGAGCGCUGCAGUCGCCUGCCCACCCCAGCCGCCUCAGCGCAGGCCUUGGCCAAGAAGCUCGCCUGUCCUCUCAUCGAGGUGGGCGCAUCUGGCCUCCGGCCUGCAAUGGAGAGCCUCUGCGAGGAAGUGCAAAGGAUUGACGCUAUCACCAAGCUGGCACCGGUGCAAGUUCCGCGCAACGCUCGUAGAGACCCCACCUUGCACCUGGGGAGCUCCACUUAG